AUGCCUUACUUUUCAAGCAUCAGCGACACAAUGUGGAUGUGCUGUGAUAAUGCAUCGAGGGAUAAUCAAGGGUGCGGUGAACGCAAUAAGAUGACGUUGGACAAAUGUAGCAAAUGCUCUCAUAAAAAAUGCGACACAUGCAGGGUAACGCGACUACAGUUGUUGAUGGAGGACUUCAUAAACACCGAUAAAGUAAAGGAAGCGUUGGAAUCACAGUUAAAGGAAAUCUCCACAGUAAGAUCUAACGGAAAAGGAAAUGAGAUUUAAGGGCAGUGCUGGUCAACAGGUAUUUUGCGAGAUUGGAUCAGGGGAGAUUUCAUGCAGGAUCGAAGGAAUUCAAAAUCUCAAUUCUCGGAGAAUAUCGAGGCAGGCAAAGUAUAGAAUCGCAACGAGAACUAGUCGCAUUUAGUUGAUCGAAAGAUGGAGAUAAGAUUUAAGAGCAGUCGGUGCGAUGUAUAAAGUGAGAUCUGUAUCUGCACUUGCAGAUAGAUAUAUGGCUCGAAUGCGAAUCUGUCUCUCUAUAAUUGCAAGACUACCGCCUGACAUCGAAUUCGGGGUGAAUGUAGGAUAAGCACAGAAUCGUU